CGCACCGAGUCAUUCAGACAGCACGAUUCACUGCUAAAUGUAAACCGCGGGGAGGAAAAUGGUGGCGAGCACUCGUGUACAAAAGCUGCUCCGUCGAUACAAACUCGCCAUCGCCGCCGCUUUAACAAUUCUCCUGAUCCAAGGUUUGGUGGUAUGGAGUCUCCGGAGUCUGGAGGAAGGAGAGGCCGAGCGCAGGGAGCGGCGAUCUAAGCUGCCUGAUCACAACAACCAGGAUGUGAGGAGAGACUCAGAAGCCAGGGGGCAGAACGCCCUGUCUGGUGGUUACCAUGGCUGGGGGAGGAAGCAUGACAUGGAGCGGUCUGUUGUCACUCGUCCCCUCAGGAAAGGGGGAAAGCGAAGACCGAAGCCCUCCAGGAUAGAAACGCAGGGCGUUGGAGCUGUAGAUGCCGUCGCCCCGUACGAUCCAUCCAGCAGCCGUAACUUCACUGAUACGAAGGGGCAGGAAGGAGGAAAAUUUCCACCCGGUGCUCAAGGAGAACCAGGGAGCGUCGAUGGCGCACCCCAGGUCCCAAGCAAUGACUUUGUGCCCAGCUGUGAGAUCGUUGGGAAGGACGCUUUGUCGGCGCUGCACCGUGCUGGAUCACGCCAGUGCCGGCAGGAGAUCGCCAACAUCGUGUGCAAACACCAGGCUGGAGAGCUAAUGCCACAGGCUUUACCUCAGUACUGCACACAGCAUGUCCUGUCCAGUGCCGGCCAGCAAGCUGACAUUAUAGACAGCGAUUUGUCCAAAGUGGAGAACCCAGUAAGGGUGGCAUUCGUGCUGAUGGUUCACGGUCGCGCCGUGCGGCAGCUGAAACGGCUCCUCAAAGCCAUUUAUCACAAAGACCAUUUCUACUACAUCCAUGUGGAUAAACGCUCCAACUACCUGCAUCGUGAAGUUGUGCACAUGGCUGAGCUUUACUCCAACGUGAGGGCCACCCCCUGGCGCAUGGUCACUAUCUGGGGUGGGGCCAGUCUGCUAAAGGCCUACUUGCGCUGCAUGCAGGACCUGCUGUCCAUGCUCGACUGGAAAUGGGACUACUUCAUCAACCUCAGUGCCACAGACUUCCCCACCAGGACCAACGAUGAGCUGGUGGCUUUCCUCUCACAGAACCGUGACAAGAACUUCUUGAAGUCUCAUGGCAGAGAGAAUGCAAGGUUCAUUAAGAAACAGGGGCUGGACAGACUCUUCCACGAGUGUGAUAAUCACAUGUGGCGGCUGGGCGAGCGCACCAUCCCAGAGGGCCUGGAGGUGUCUGGUGGCUCCGACUGGUUUUCACUCACGCGCCGCUUUGUGGAGUAUGUGGUCAGCUCCAAGGACGAGCUGGUCACUGGGCUGAAGCAGUUCUACACCUACGCCCUGCUCCCUGCUGAGUCUUUCUUUCACACAGUGUUGGGCAACAGCCACAUGUGCGACACGCUAGUGGACAACAACCUGCGAGUUACUAACUGGAACCGCAAGCUGGGCUGCAAGUGCCAGUACAAGCAUAUAGUGGACUGGUGCGGAUGCUCUCCCAAUGACUUCAAACCUGCCGAUCUCAUCCGAAUUCAGCAGCUGACACGGCCCACGUUCUUCGCCCGCAAAUUUGAAUCCACAGUCAACCAGGAGGCCAUUGAUAUUCUUGAUAGCCACCUGUAUGGGCACUACCCUCCAGGCACUGCGGCACUCAAGGCCUAUUGGGAAAGCCUGUUUGAGCGGGAGGAAGGUGUGGGUACUCUCAGCGACGUGGCACUCACAGCCUAUAUGUCUUUCUUCAGACUUGGUCUCAUCAGUCAGAAAAUCAUGCAUGAGGCCUGCAGGUUUGUGCCUGUUGGAUACCCCGUAUCUGUCCUCCUCUAUUUCUAUGAUGACCGUUUCCAGGGUUACCUGGUGCGCCAGGAGGCGAAGAGCAUGGCAUCUGGGAAGAAGGAAAUGCUGGAGGUGUGGGUUGUACCUCAGGCCACACUACAGCUAGAGAGCAACCUGAAUGAGUUUGAGAGGCUAAAGAACCUUGAGGUGGGAACAGAGUGGGAUCCCAAGGAGAGAAUUUUCCGGAACUUUGGUGGCGUGAUGGGCCCUUUGGACGAGCCAGUGGCGGUGCAGAAAUGGGCUCGUGGCCCCAACCUCACAGCCACCAUAGUGUGGAUUGAUCCUGCUCAGGUGGUAGCAGCGUCUUACGACAUCAGCGUGGAUGUAGAGGCGGAGUUUACACAGUACAAGCCGCCGCUGCAGCGUCCUCUCAGGCCGGGAGCAUGGACGGUCCGUGUGCUGAAGCUAUGGGAGCGUGUGGCCGAAGCUCACUUUCUGGUCAUGCCUCUGGCUUUUAAAGGAAAGGAGCCGUUUCGCAAAGAGGAACACAGCUGGCUGCACGCAGGUCCUGCAGGCAACAUUUACCUGGACCAGGGCUUCCAGCAGCUUGCUCAAGUUCUGAAGCUGCCUUCCAUGGAGUCUGCCCUGGAAGAGUCUCAGAAGAAGGCCUCUCUGGUGGGCAAGGCUCUGGAGGGUUGGGUGGACAGCUUAGUGGGUGCCUUCUGGGUAACUGGAGGUAUGUGUUCCACUCAGACCUCCCUCUGUCCCAGCGUACAGCUGUGUGCCAAGACUAGCUGGAGCUCUUUGUCCCCAGAUCCUAAAUCUGAACUUGGUGCGGUCAAAAGCAACGGCCGCAUCAGGUAGCCCGAAAGAUUUGGACUGAACAAGGGUGAGAACACUAAAGUGAAUCACAGGGGAGAGGAGGAGCCCCUGGGAGUGAUGUUUACGGAAUAUGGGUCUCUCGGAUCAUCCCACUGUUUUCUGCUCAAGGCACCUUUGUCUUGAGGAUUGGUGUUGGAGACAAUCUAAGAGAAGAAUUAAUUGACAUUUGCACAUGAGAACUUUUUUAUAAUUUUAGAGAAUCAUUGUUCAUAAACGUGUGUCCAUAGGCAGUCUUGAUUUGACUGGAUUGAUGAUACAAAGCCCUUAACCUCAACUUCUUAAUUUUUCUUUUUCUUUUUUUUUUUUCUUCUUUCUUUAUUAUUUUUUUUUCUCCUAUUUUCAGAAAAAAAAAUCAGAAAAGUGCACAUUUUCUUCUAUGUAUACAGUAAUUGUCGCCUUUUUUAAAUGUAAGUUUUACUACCUGUUGAAGGUCAAUGUAUGGAGUCGUGCAGCCCAGUGGUUCUCAUAGUUAAGGUGUGUGAAGCGUAGCCAGGGGGUCAGUGAGUCACUUCUAUUAUUUUGUUUUAUUUUGUGUUGGAAAUCACAACCCAGCAUUAUGAAAGCUGUUUGUAUACAUUAUAACUGUGUUCUUAUUGUUCUUAGCCAGUUUGAUUGGUUAGAUUAAUUAAGUAGGUUUUAAUCCAUUCUCAAGAACUCAAAAACAAGUAGGUCUAUACCUAAUGUUAGCAAAGACCUAAUGUGUGUUACAGGGUUCCCUGGCUGCAAAAAUUCUAGCCUGUAAUUUUUUUAUUAUUUUUUUUAAUUGUUUUGAUAUCCAAACUUCAGAUGCCGACUGAUUAAGUGCACUUUACUGUAAGAGAACUGUCUGAAUUACAGACUAGGUGGAGCUUAUGCAGUCACUCUGGAGAUCAAAUGAUCAGUGGCUCCAUUUAAGGAUAUUUCAAGUGCUGCUCAUAGAGUCACACUUUCACUAUGUGGAUCAUGUAGUUUGGGAAAUGAGCAAAGCGAACAAACACCACCAAAUAUCCGUCCAUCAGAAGAAAAAAAAACUGUUGCGUGUAUGUGUUUGGUAAUGCUGUGACUGACUCCUAUGUGUGUUUUGGUAUGGCUUCUUUUGAAACGAUGCUGUAUAGAUUUUAUAUAGUUUACCACUGCGUUGUGUUUUAUUAUUGUUAGAAUUUUUUUUUCUCGUUUAAAAGCUAAAGGUGCCGCACAAGCACACGGGUGGCAUCACUAGCAGCUGAAUGAGCUGACCCUUCUGAUGAUUAGUGGAAAGACAGCUUUUUCAUUGUCUUGCCCUCUAGAUGUAAAUGCCAUGAAGGCCAGAUCUUCCACUACUUCAUGAUCGUUGGCCAUCUCAUCUGUAAUUCCUAAAGGUCACAUUGUCCUAGACACGGACGAUCACACCGGCGCCUUGGUAUGUGCCCGUUUUAUUGCAGAGUUAUAAAAGGAGGCUCCUGAGUAACACAGUUUAUUACUGUUUCUAAAUCUUAGUUAUGUGCAUAUAGGUUUCUGUUUCAGCCUGCAAUGCAGUGCAUCCUCAUGGUUCACAGUUAAGCAUAUCAAUGAAGUAUGGCAUUGUUCAUUUGUCCUAUCGUGUCAUAUGGUAUUUUAAUUUUCUUCAAUGUUUGCACAAGCUUUUGGUUCUGAGAUGGGAAUCCAGUGGUGGACAAAUCAUAAAUCCUUUAGCUAGCCCAGCAGGCAAGUGAAAGUUCUAAUGUGAUGAAUAGACCUAUGAUUUGGUCCAAUUGUGUGAAUGACACUGCUAAAAAUAGGUAGCCAACGUAAUCUAAUAAAGUAUGGCCAACUAGUUAAGUGCAUUAAUCCAAACACAAACGAGAAUAUAUAAACUCCAACUCGCCCAUAGUAAUCAUCCUUAUCCUGGUAAUUAUGUCUGAAGAGGCACAUCAAAAAGUCAGCAAGUUGUUUGGUCAGUGUUUUCUCUUCAUGUCGCACAUAAAAGAUAUUAUUUGAGACUCGACUGCGUGUAGUAAGCAGGAGAGUUAUGCUGCAUUUUUCUAUUUGAAUGAUUUUAUCAGGGUUUCCACAGAUCUGCACGUUUCUGGUUCUGAAGAGACCAUCCGUAUAUCAUCCAUGUAUACUAAUUUAUUCAACUACUAACUUCAUGCCACCGAUUACAUUUUGUUUAAAUAAACAUACCAAAUAAAAACAUUUGUUUUGCGAAAAUCAAGUGUUUUUGUUUUGGAUUUUUUCCUCUAGUUGUUGGAAUGAGAAGGGGAAAAAAAAAACACUAGUGGCCGGUAUGAACAAAAACUAAUAGCCUACACGUCAUCAUAAUCAUCAUCUUCUGGGAACACAGGCUUGUGAUUUGUCCACCUAUGAGAUGCAUUACUGAAUGGGUCUAACUGGCUUUUUUUGCCAAGCCAAUAAUGCUAAUAAUAGUUUUUUUUUUUUUCUUCUUCUUCUUCUAGACUAAUAUUUCAAUUGGUUGUGACUUUCUGUCUUUACACACUUGCUUCAGAGAAGCCUAUUGUUUUAGAACAAUAAAUGGUCUGUGUGUGUAAAUGUAUACAUACAUAUCUAUAUAAAGUGGUGCAUUGUCCGAAUCAAUGGAUUAUUUUUGUAUUUAUAAUUCCUCCUGGAGAGGGAGGUCAUAUUUUUGUGUUAGUCAUGUCAGGAUCGCUGCUUCACUCUAAUGUUUCAUGAACCUUGUUGUGCAUUAUCUGUGUGUCAUGAAAUGGGACCUCGAUUGGAGUUGUUUUCUAGAGUUUUAAAAGACAUUGUGUUGAGUGGCAGAGAUCGCUUCACUGUCAAUUCAAGUGUUUGGAGAAAUAUGGUGAAGUUGAAGAGCAGAGAUGUUUCUGUUCCAGGCACAAUAAAUAUGAACUCAAUGGUA